GCCGCCGCACUUGCUCCACGAGCGCUCGGUCGUCAUUCGUACAACGCAUUGCAAAGUGCAAACUUUGGUAACGGUAAAACGCUUGUCGUUACCUCGCGCUGCGUCGCCCCCGCUACCAUCGUCGCCCUCGCCGUCGCCGUCGUUGCCAUUGUCGUUGUCGCCCCGUCGGCCAAUGGCCAUGCGCCAGCCUCGCACGAAAAGUGUGAAAAAGCCAAAAACCCAAAACCCAAAAAUGUGACCAUCAAAUAUUUUAAAUAUUAAAUGUUGAAUGUGAAUGUGAAUGUGUGUGCAACAUCCUUAAGAAAACGAGCGUCAAAUACAAUAAUUGUCUAUGUAGAGAAAAUAAGCGCUAUUUCAUCAGCCUCCAACCUCAACCUCAGUCUUACACUCAGCCAGCAUCUUAGCAAAGCACCUAGAAUAAUCGUUCAGGCAUGGAACUUUUGAAGCUAAUGAUGUUCAAAAGUGACUUUCUGUCCAAUGGCAAAUGUGACGAUCGCGUACCGCCCAUUAACCUCAGUCAAUUGCCAGAGUUUCUCUUGUCAACGAUACCAAAGUGUGGCGGAUGCCACGAACUGAUCCUCGAUCGCUUCAUACUCAAGGUGCUGGAGAGGACAUGGCACGCCAAGUGCCUACAAUGCAGCGAGUGCCACGCCCAGCUGAACGACAAGUGUUUCGCACGGAACGGGCAGCUGUUCUGCAAGGAGGACUUCUUCAAACGUUAUGGUACGAAGUGUUCCGCUUGUGAUAUGGGAAUACCGCCAACGCAGGUGGUGCGUCGUGCCCAGGACAAUGUCUAUCAUCUGCAGUGCUUCCUCUGCGCCAUGUGCUCGCGCACCCUCAACACCGGCGAUGAGUUCUAUCUGAUGGAGGAUCGCAAGCUCAUCUGCAAGCGUGACUACGAGGAGGCUAAGGCGAAGGGUCUCUAUUUGGACGGCUCGCUGGACGGUGAUCAGCCGAAUAAAAGGCCGCGGACCACAAUCACCGCUAAGCAGCUGGAGACUCUGAAGACCGCGUACAACAAUAGCCCGAAACCCGCCCGACAUGUACGUGAACAACUGUCCCAGGACACGGGUCUCGAUAUGCGUGUGGUGCAAGUCUGGUUUCAGAACAGGCGCGCCAAGGAGAAGCGCCUGAAAAAGGAUGCAGGACGCACUCGAUGGAGCCAAUACUUCCGCUCAAUGAAGGGCAACUGCUCGCCCCGCACUGACAAAUUCCUCGACAAGGAUGACCUGAAGGUGGAUUACGACAGCUUCAGUCAUCAUGAUCUUAGCAACGAUAGCUACAGCACCGUCAAUUUGGGCCUGGACGAAGGCGCCUCGCCGCACAGCAUACGCGGUUCCUACUUGCAUGGCAGCUCGAGUCCAUCGCAGUAUCCUCCGAGCAGUCGCUCCCCGCCAGCGGUGGGCCAAAGCCACACGUUCGGCUCAUAUCCCGACAAUAUUGUAUACACUAAUAUUGAUCACGCUGUGGGUGCUGGAAUGCAUCCAAACAAAUCACAUCAUCGCCUGCACAGUAGCAACAAUGUUUCAGAUUUAAGCAACGAUUCUAGUCCCGAUCAGGGCUAUCCUGACUUUCCACCCAGUCCCGACUCCUGGCUUGGCGAUUCGGGGAGCACCAACAACACCAGCAUCAACAACAACAACAACAAUGCAAGCAGUAAUAAUAACAAUAGCAACAAUAACAAUAACAGCAGUGGCACAAACACGGGAUCCUCCGGAAACGGAAGUGGGCCAACAUCCAAUUCAAAUGCAACAGCAGCCGCAACUCCCAAUCCUGCAACUCCCGGCGUUCAUUACUGAUACUCAAAAUUACUUUUGCGUUAUUUUGAAAUGCAAUCACGCAAUUUUCUGCAGCUCGCAGCUGCCCAACAGCAGCAGCAGCAACAACAAAAGCAUACAUCGCAGCAGCCUCAAUAGCAGCAGCAGCAGCAGAAGCAACAACAUAACAGUCGUUACGACGCCAUUUUAGAAGCUUUUGUGCACUUAACAGCGCUGGACGAGAGCAAAAGCUUUACACUUAACAGUGCUGGCAUUCGCAAGCAAGCUUUUACAUUUACAUUUUUGUUUUUGUUUAAGCAUUAUUAUGCACUCAUUUUUCUUACUUUUACUAAUUAAUGUAACACAAUUUGCUCAAGAAUUCUAUUUAGUUAAAACUUAAAAAAUUGAUAAACCUUAAAACCAAGCAAAACAAAACAAAACCAAAUACUUAAUGACGAUAUGAAUAGUUUUGAGUACAAGAAGCAUUGUACUUAGAAGUACAUAGUACAUACCUAGAUGAUGAUUGCGAUGGUGGUAAUUAUGUAUCCCAGGUCUAAAUGUUAUAACGAUUAUUACCCGCUUUUGUUUAUAUAAUUUUUAAGUUUGAUUAUUUAAUGUAUGUAAAUAUUGUAUAUUUGUGUAUAGUGAAAAAAAAACAAUGGAGAACUACAUUUUAAAUAACACUAAGUCUGUAUAGUGGGGGGAAUGCGGGGUCAUAGUGCACAAUAUUUAUUAGGCCGAUGAACCCCAGUUUAAAAAAAAAACAAAACCAGAAACCAAAAAAGGAAAAACCAGUUAUUUAUUGCUUUAUAUAGGAAUACAAGAAUUGCAUAGGAGAAAUAUCAAUUACGAAAAAGUGAUGUCGUAUAUACAUACAUAUAAUAUAUCUAAUGUAAUACCAAAACCAAAAACCAAAAAAAUACAAUGAUUUCAAGCAAAUAGAAACUUCAGUAAAAAAUGCAAACUACGUAAAACAAAUAACGAAUUUUUAAAUUUAUUGUGUAUUACAAUAAGUUUAAUUAUUUCAAAUAAAUGCGAUAAAAAAUAAAUUACUAUUUGACAUGUAAGAAUAAAAAUGAUACAACAAAUUGUUAAAAAAAAAAAACGCAACUUAUUUUUUAUUUUAUGCAUCACCUCUUCAGAUAUAUGGAUCUUAUCAGAUCAUUCGAUGUGUAUAUCUGCUGAUAGUUUGCAUAUAUGUGUAUGUGUGAGUAAUUAAGUGAAAUCUACAUUCUCUUCAUUUUAUCAUACCGUUGCAAUUGAUCUCUUUAUGCUGCUCUAUCGCACACUUCUACUAUUUCAUUCAUACUGAGCGCACAAGUGGUACAGCUUUCUCUCUCUCUCUCUCUGUCCCUGUCUGUCCGCCGACUCUGAUCUGUCUGCUGGUUCUGUCGUUGUCUGUUUUUCUCAUUCAGUCUCUUAUCCUACGUUCGCGCAACAACGUCUAAUUAGCAGCCACCCGCAGCAACAGCGAGGAAGCUUUUUGCGCCUAGCGCCUUAACUUAAUUGAUUACAAAAUUGCAUACAUAUAAAUGUAUAGACAACAAAAUAAUGACUAAAUAAUGUCGUGUCAUUUGAAUUUUGCAGUUAUUAAAAGUUCCCAUAAUAAUUCUACGUAAACUACAACAAAACGCAGCAGCAGCCACAGCAAAGCCCUUGUUGUAGUUGUUGGGCGUGAGGAUGCAAAUGUGUAAUAUGUUUUUGUUUUUGUUGCGACGUCAAAUUGCAUUUGCGGCCGAUACGCCGCUCGAUCCUUAAGAUUCUCCCAAAUCAAAACAUCGAAUACAGACACGGUCAAUAAGUAGAAAAAAGAAC